CAAUGACAUAAAAGAAAAUAAGCUAGUAAUGAAUGAAAAGAGAUAGACUAUCUCAGCAAGAAACUAUUAAAAAUUGGAUAGUCAAGAUUAGAAAAAUAUAGUAUCUGAAAUAAAAAUUUACUGGAUGGACUUCUGUAGCAUAUUGUGAUUAUAGAAAAAAGAAUCAGCAAACUUUAUUCAUUUUGAAGAAGAAAACUAAAUAACAUUGAAAAAAGAUGAACAGAAUCCCAGGACUCUAAAAGGAUGUAAAAAUGAUGUAUAAUUCAUAGAGCAACCACUAAAAAAUAAAUACAAAAUGAUAAAGCUACAGAGGUAAUAAAUAAACUUAAAAAAUAACUCUUUUAAAAGUAUCCAAACAAUGGAGAAUUACUAUCACCUGUCUCUAAGAUUUAUUAUGUAUUAUGGCAUAUGGAUCAUCAAUAGAUAAAUGGAACAAUAGCCUGGUAAAUGAUCCCUAUUUGUAUGAUUAUUUCACUUUUCACAAAUGUGCCAAAACGAUCAAAUGGGAAACAAGAAAGUCUUUCAACAAAUUGUGCUAGAACAGUAGAAUACCCAUAUGGGAAAAUAUACCUCAAGUCCUACAUUACAUUGUACAUGAAGCUAAUUCAAGAUAAAUCAUAGAACUAAAUAUAAAAGCUAAAACUAUCAAAGAAGAAAUAGAGGAAAAUAUCUUCAUGAAUUGGUAGUAAAUGAAGUUUUUUGGAUAGAAAAAGACCCAAAAAUUGAUGUGUUAGACUUUAUCAAAAUUAAAAAUUUCUGUUCAUCAAGAGAUGCUAUUAAGAAAAUGAAUAGGUGGUGAGACUGGCGACGGUUAGGAAGAGGUACAGACGAAAUUGGAACUUCUGGCUUCGGUGUGGUCAUGUUUCUCCAGUAUUACCUCAACGAUCAGGGAGACCGGGUCUAUACGCUGAAGAAGCUUGACCCUAUGGGACAGCAGACCUGCUCAGCUCAUCCUGCUCGGGUCUCCCCAGAUGACAAAUACUCUCGACACCGAAUCACCAUCAAGAAACGCUUCAAGGUGCUCAUGACCCAGCAACUGCGCCCUGUCCUCUGAGGGCCCCUUAAAUUUCAUGUCUCCUCUGCUACCCCUCAAGAGACUUUCUGAAACCAAGCUCUUCAGUGUGUGAGCCUAGAAGCCUUCUUAUCAUCCUUGCUCUUUGGAAUCGGUUUCAUCGUUGCCAUUGUUCAUGCUUGUGUGAAACAGUCAUGGUAGCAUACCUCUUAAGGGAACAAGUUUGAAUCUUUCCAUAUUUUGAAUUGCUGCCAGGUUAUUAAAUUGAUUUGAAAGAAAAAAAAGAAAGAAAAUGAAUAGGUAAGCCACCGACAGAGAAAAUAUUUAAAAAAAAAAAACGUUUAAAAAACGAAGAAUUGCUGUCUGGAUUACAUAAAGAG